AUGUUUAGAAGAGCAAUUCAUUCGCAAUUACGUCGCACAACCACGACAACUAACUUGAGAUUUGCUAGACAAAUUUCUACCGAUAUUAACAACGGUCAAAAGGGAUUACCAGUAUGGCCAAACAAAGCAUCUGUUAUUAGCGUUUUUGCCAAAGAAGGUCGUAGUUUGGUAGGUUGGUUUAUCGCUCUUACUGGUAUCAUGUUAUGGGGACCAUUGGCACUUGUUGAAUUAUCCGAUGCGGUUGACCAUGUGCCAAAGGACCACACUGCUCAAGUCACUGCUGAAAGAGUCGGUGUCGAUGAGUUCAAGACCGAAGUCGACAUCCCCCAGACAUAUGUUGCCCCAGACAAGGAAGAUGAAGAUGACGAUGACGAAUAG